AUGCGAGCGCCCAGGCGGCGGCGGCGGCGGCCCGGGGGCUUCAGCCAGGGGGGUCCCGCGGGCAGCUCCACCAUGUCGGACAGUGACCCGGGGGACGAGGACGGCGCCACAUCCCCGGACCCCUCGCAGUGCAAGAGGAAGAGAAGGGGCAACCUCCCCAAGGAGUCGGUGAAGAUCCUGCGGGACUGGCUGUACGAACACCGCUUCAACGCCUACCCCUCGGAGCAGGAGAAGCUCAGCCUCUCGGGGCAGACCAGCCUCUCCGUGCUGCAGAUCUGCAACUGGUUCAUCAACGCCCGGCGCCGGCUGCUCCCCGACAUGCUGCGCAAGGACGGCAAGGACCCCAACCAGUUCACCAUCUCCCGCCGCGGGGGCAAAGCCGGCGACGCGGCCGCCUCGCGGGGCUCCGCCGCCGGCUCCGGGGUGCUGGUGGUGCCGCCCGCGGGCGCCUCCAAGGUGCUGUCGAUGUCGGUGUGCCCGCAGGUACUGUGCCACCCGGCGCGGGCGCUGGCCGUGGUGAGCGCCCGCAGCCCCGAGUGGGAGAAGGCCCCCGGGCCCGAGGCCGCGCCCAGGGCGGGCGCGGGGCCCGGCGGCAGCACCGUGACCCUGCUGGCGCGGGCCGAGGCGGGCAGCCCCACACCCGGACUCUUCAACACGCCGCCCCCGACGCCCCCCGAGCUCUUCGGGGACGACUUCAGCAGCUUCCAGCUGCUGGUGGAGGUGGCCCUGCAGAAGGCUGCCGAGCUGGAGCGGCAGCGGCAGGGGGGGCAGCUGCCCCUGGCUCCCCACACCGAAUCCCCCGGAGCCUCCAAAUAGCCCCGGGCCGGGUCCCGCAGGGUGCCCUUCCCCGGGGGGGGCCCGACCCUCCGGGCCUCCGCCUCGCCCCCACGGCCCAUCCCAGGAGAGGCUCCUGCCUCCCGGGGGCUCUGCUCUCUCUCGGCAGCCGAGGCGGCAGGGGAAGGCCUGUCCCACCCCGCCUUCCUCCCGCGGGGAGAUGCCCUGGCUGCCGAGGCCGGUGCCCCGGCUGUGCAGGGACCGCCGUGCCCGGACCUCAGCGUUGGCAGUGCCCUGUCCCUGCUGCGCGGCUGGAGCUCCCAUGGAAAACCUGCUGAUCUCUUCCUCUCCUGCAAACAAGGGUCCGGCCAGCACCAUUUCUUCAGGGAGACAGAGAACCUAUUUUUUUAAUGCCAAUGUCUGUUUUAAGGACUGUGGAUGAAGAGCUUUGUCUCCCAAAUCUCUGAUCUUUUCCCCCUCCCACUCUUACCCCCCACCCCGUUUUGUUUUUGGGGUCCUUUCUGUUUCCCGGUGCUGGCCAGGGGCCCUGCCUUGCCCAGGGAAGGGCAAAGGACAGAUGAACUGGAAACGUGGAGUCUGUGGCCUUUUAUCAUGGAAAAAAUAGGAGACUCCUUUUCCUUUUUAGGUUGUUCUGGAUGCUGCCAGUAGAAAUCUCUAUGGUGCUCUUUAGCAAGUUUUAUGUUGAAACAUUUUCCCUUUUAUUGUGAUUUAUGACAUUAUUAUUACUUUUUUUUUUUUUUUUUUUUAAUGUAUAAGCAUUUCCACACCUUCCCCGCGUUCCCCUCGCGUUCAUGCUGAAUGUGUGCAUGCUGUGCCUGGAGCAGUGAGCGCGUGGCCGAGCCUGGGCAGAGCUGAGACUGUGAAUUUUGUACCUGAGUUAAUGUCCUUUUUUUUUAAAAUUUUAUUUUAUUUUAUUUUCCAUAAAACCUUUGGCAUGGUGCGGGCACGGCCAUGUGCGUCCUGCAAGUGCAGCGCGGGGUUCCUGGCAAGCAGCGCUGGGCAGGAGGAGGAUGGAGAUGUUGCUCCCUGUCCCCUCCCAGUGUGGCUGCACGGUGCUGGGGACUUCUAGUGACAAACUGGCGAGCGCUGGGAGCGGCCGGGCCUGGCGCAGCCGGGGCUCUGGGGCAGCUCCUGGCUGGGCAUCGCUUGCCGGGUGUCCUGUGGGAUGUGAGUUAAUGACUGUGCCCUGUCCCGAGGGGCACUGAUCCCGUGGGUAAUCAGCCAGAUGAGUUGAUGACUAGAGGGGGUAAAGCCACAGGACUGGGAGCUCUGUGGGGCUCGGGGAGAGCGCUGGACAGAACGGGGCUGGAAGGGAAAAGCACUGAUUUGGGAACUGGUGUGUUUCCACCCCUCGUUUCUUCAGAGAGAAGGUGCCAGGGGAGAGAGUACCAUGGGAAGGCUUCCCAACAGCAUCACCUUAGCAGGUGCUCUGUUCAGUGCUGGGGUGGCACUGGGGCAGGUGGGUGCCCAUCGUGUGCCUCUCACCCCCACCUCCAUUUCCAUGACCAGCCUUUGUUCACCCUUUGUCUCCAGGGAAAAUCUUCAUUUUCGGGACUCCCUCUUUGACCUUGUCACCCCCCUGCAGCUCUGUCCCUUGCCCUGGGGGAGGGAGAGGCUGUUUGGCCUCCUGCUCGCAUCUUGCCCCAGACAAACUGGUUUCCUUUCCCCCGAGCUGUGCCUGUGCCAGGGGCUGGUGCUGCUGCCCUGGGAUGGACCAGAGUUGGGAGGAGU